AUGAAUAGAUACACAACGAUCAAGCAACUUGGGGAUGGAACCUAUGGUUCCGUCCUGCUGGGAAGAAGCAUCGAGUCUGGGGAACUGAUUGCCAUUAAAAAAAUGAAAAGAAAGUUUUAUUCCUGGGAGGAAUGCAUGAACCUUCGGGAGGUUAAGUCUUUAAAGAAGCUCAACCAUGCCAAUAUAGUAAAAUUAAAAGAAGUUAUCAGGGAAAAUGAUCAUCUUUAUUUUAUCUUUGAGUAUAUGAAGGAAAAUCUUUACCAGCUCAUUAAAGAAAGAAAUAAGUUGUUUCCUGAGUCUGCUAUAAGGAAUAUCAUGUACCAGAUAUUGCAAGGACUCGCGUUCAUUCACAAACACGGCUUCUUCCACCGGGACUUAAAACCUGAGAACCUCCUCUGCAUGGGACCAGAACUUGUGAAAAUUGCAGACUUUGGAUUGGCCCGAGAGAUCCGAUCAAGACCUCCAUAUACAGAUUAUGUAUCGACCAGAUGGUACAGGGCCCCAGAAGUGCUCCUGAGGUCCACUAACUACAGCUCCCCCAUUGACGUCUGGGCCGUGGGCUGCAUCAUGGCGGAGGUGUACACCCUCAGGCCACUCUUCCCUGGGGCCAGUGAGAUUGACACAAUCUUCAAAAUUUGCCAACUGUUGGGCACACCGAAAAAGACUGACUGGCCUGAAGGCUACCAACUGUCAAGUGCUAUGAACUUCCGCUGGCCCCAGUGUGUACCCAAUAACUUAAAGUCCCUGAUCCCCAAUGCUAGCAGCGAAGCGAUUCAGCUCCUGAGAGACAUGCUUCAGUGGGAUCCCAAGAAACGACCAACAGCUAGUCAGGCGCUUCGAUAUCCUUAUUUCUACAUUCGGCACCCACUGGGCUUCAGUACACAGUGCUUUCAGGACUCAGAAAAAUCACAGAAGGAUGUCCUGGAAAAGGCAGGCCUACCUCCUCACAUGAAGCCAGUCCCUCCUGCCCAACCCCCAACCAAGCCCCACAUGCGGAUUUCUACAAGACAGCAUCAAGCCAGCCAGCCCCCUCAGCAGACUGUAUACCCCUAUAAAGCAGAGGCCUCCAAGACAGAUCACGCAAGCCAUUUUGCAGAGGACAAGCCAAGCUUGUUGCUUUUCCCAUCCCUUCACACCAAGAAUCCUCAGUCGAAUAUCCUAGCUGACCUGGUGCACAAAUACAGUGAGAUCAAGCCAAAGAGUAGGAGAAGGUGGGGCCUCAUUUCCAGGUCAACAAAGGAUUCGGAUGAUUGGGCUGAUUUGGAUGACAUGGAUUUUGGUCCACCCUUCACCAGGAUUGACCUGAAAAACAAGAAAAGACAGAGUGAUGAGACUCUCUGCAGAUUUGAGAGUGUUCUGGAUCUGAAGCCCUCUGAGCCCAUGGGUACAGGAAAUAGUGCCCCAUCCCAGACUUCCUAUCAGAGGCGAGACACGCCAACCCUGAGAUCCGCCGCCAAGCAGCACUACUUGAAGCACUCCCGAUACCUGCCUGGAAUAAAUAUAAGAAAUGGCAUACUUCCGAAUCCAGGCAAGGAUUUUAUUCCAUCUAAUCCAUGGUCUAGUUCUGGUUUGUCUGGAAAAUCUUCCGGGACUGUAUCGGUAAUCAGCAAAAUAAAUUCAGUUGGUUCCGGCUCAACAAGUUCUAGUGGACUGACUGGAAGCUAUCUUCCCUCCUUCCUGAAAAGAGAAAUUGGUUCUGCCAUGCAGAGGGUACACCUAGCACCUAUUCCAGACCCUUCUCCUGGUUAUUCUUCCCUGAAGGCUGUGAGACCUCAUCCUGGGCGACCUUUUUUCCACACUCAACCUAGAAGCACUCCUGGGCUGCUGCCACGGCCACCGGCUGCCCAGCCAGUGCAUGGCCGGACGGACUGGGUUUCCAAGUACGCGUCCCGGCGGUGACCGUCGUGAAGCCCUUCACAGGGCCAGUGGGACGCUGUCCCUUGACCAACUGGUGUUCUAGCUGCAAAAAACUUUUGGAUGGUGUAAAAGCAAAUACUUUAUAGUUAUUCUUCUGAACUAAGACAUUUCAACAUUCUUUUUUAAAGUUUUUUUUUAAUAUUGAUUUGAAUCAAUACCCUUUUUUGGUACAAAAUUAUUUUAUUCUACAACUGGGUCCCAUUAUUUUCGUAAACAGCAGCAUUUUGUAUAUAUAUGGAUUAUGUUUUAGCAUUUUAUACAGUCAAGUUUGUAAUGAACUUUUUAAAGAUUAAUUGAUUUUUCUUUGGGGUUCCAGAUAAUAUUUUAUACAGAUUUUUAAAAAAAGCUAAUAUUGAUGCAGUAUUGCAACAGGGGUGCAAUUUAAGGCUAUGUGAUAAAAUGUUAUUUACACAUUGUGUGGGGAUAUUUGUAGAGUGGUUAAUUUCUUUAUUAUUGUUUUUUGCAGUGGUUAAAUUUUAAAUGUGGCACUUUUGGUACCUCAACCUUUCUUGGACUACCAUCAGCACUAGAAAAAUGAUCUCCCAUCUUUUGCAAUAUCAUGCUAUUGAUUUAAUUUUUUUUAUACUACUAUGGUAUUUUAAACAUUCCAGUAUGUAAUUUACUCUGUUUUGUUUUUGUUCCUUAGUUGAAAUAACUCUAAGUAAAUAUUUUUGGAAAGUUUUACAAUACCCUUUCCAGUAAUUAGAUCUCCAAAUGAAUCCAAACUUUAGCAUGCUAUGCUACAAUAUUCUAUUUUCUUUCAUUAUUGAAAUCCAAUUUGACAAAUACCCACAAAAAUGGAAACCGUUCUAGUCAAGAGUUCUCACAUAAAGGUUAACACCAUCAAAUUUAUAUCCUGCCAAGCGACAGGACCAAAAAGCUAAUCCAGAGGAACAGAAGAUAUUUUUUAUAAUAACUGAUAGAAUUUCACAUUCAGCUCAGUUCUGCAAGCCUGGCUGGGAACAGAUAAUGAAUUAUCUUCUGUCCUAACCAAAUUUGGGGAGCAGAAAAGAUAUAUGGCAGAGACUUCACUUAUCUGAGAAUUUCACAGUUACUGAGGUAUUGGUGUCCAUAACCUGCCACAUUUAAAUCUUAACCCUUGUGUAGUUUCUUUCUACAUUGAAAACUAUUUGUUGGGCAGAGGCUGUUCCAUUAAGAGGAAUGUUUACAGCAAUUUUGAAAAUGACAAAGCUAGUUUGGAGACAGAAAAAGAGAAAAGGUCCACUCUGGGGCAUCUCUGUAGGGCAUAUUUGCCUCCACCAUGGUUAUCUUAAGAGGGAAGGUCACGGCCAGUGAACACUAUAGUCUCAAUAGUGUGUUAACUCACAUUCUCCCAGGGCUCAAGCUACUCUCUCUGCUUCUAGACUUAAGGAUAUAUCACCUUGAACCAUAUGAAAUUAUCAUUUUUAUAGGUUAAAAUGAACGUUAGCAUUGAUGUUUCAACCUAAUAAGUUGGUAAAUUAUUGCUUUGAUGUUUUAAUAAUAUGUUGAAACCUGAACAAAUUAUCAUGGCCCUAAAGCACCUUAACCUAAAAUAGAGAGUAAUUGAUGCUUUGGAGAAUCUGGCUCAAAAAUGUACUUGACCAAGCUCUAUGAUCUCCAGGGACAGGAGAAAAGCACAUAAUGGAUGUGGAUUUGAUAGGUAAUAUUUUCCUGUUAACAAACUGGCAGCAAAGCUUCAGAAAAUAAAUAUGUAAUUGUAAGCACAACUUGAAGCCGAAUUCAUUUCUGUAUUAUAUUCCCAACUUUUUAUCUAAAGCAACAGAAAAUGUGUUUUGAGAGAUGAGUCCUUUAGUAUGAGGUUAAUAAUAUUUAUUAUCCCUUUCUGUAUUAUGUAUAAAAAAUAAGUGCAUCUGAGACCUUACCCGGCUUGCUGGAAAGCUGGUUUUAAAUUGUAAAUACCCUAUAGAGAGGCAAGUAGAUUGUGAAUACCAUAUUGUUCACACUCUAGCUUAUGUUUAGGUCAUUACAUUUUUUUAAUUGAAAAACCUAGUAACCUGGUUAUUAUACAUUACAAAAUUGUUUUUCCAAUACUUUUGUAGGACCCAACUCAGAAAAUAUUCCACCUUUGUUCCUUUUACUCUUUCCUUUGUUUAUCAGCAAACCACUUCCCUUGGGAAACCAAGUACUGAAAACACAAUGUAAAUUUUAAAAAGCUAGCAAAAUCCUAUAAAGUGCUCCUUCACCCUUCACCUCAGUGGGUAAAGCACAAAUUGUGUAUACUCUCUGUAUACUAGAGACGGGAAUAAUGACCAUUAUUUGUUAAGUGAAAAUAAAAUUUUACUUGUUGCAUGUAAUGUUUAGUUACUAUAGAAUUAUAAAAUGCAUUGCAAGACAACGAAAAGAACAAUGAGUUUAACUGUACCUACCCAUGACUAUACCUCAUUUCCAGUUAGAAACCUUUCUGGGAGAUCAGGGGUGAGCUCUCAAUCUGCACCCAAAUGUUCAGAAACAAUGGUGUUUCGAGGGGUACAUCUGUGCACAGCAGGGGAAAUUGCUUGAACAGUUUUCUUGGUAUGAUUGUUCAUUUCAUAAAAUUCCUUUAGUUACUAGACCCUCACCCAGCACAUACAUUAUAAGACUUAAAUAGGGAGAAAUUUCAAGGAAAUUUUUAGAUACAUCUUUUGCCUCAAGAACUGUAUACAUCUAAUAAAUUUAUCAAAAAUUGAAUACAAUCAAGGCAACAUAUGUAAUAGAAAACAAGAUUUGUGCUGUUAAGUAUAGAUACCAGUACUGUUGGGGCUCGUGGGCACCGCAUUUUCUCACAAGGUAGCAUUUCUCUACCAUCAGCUAUUGUUUUGUGCCAUCUAAAAGAGAAAAAGAAUGCAGGCUGUAUGUUUCAGUUCAGUGUAUGACCAAAAGCAAUAUGUUUAUAAGAAAACGUUCAACAUAAUGAUUAUUUCGUAUCAUUUAAAGCAUACUGUAGCAACUUGUUGAAUAUAUGUGGGUGAUUUUUUAGAGUUAUUUUUACACUUUCCAACCAAAGUACUGUAUUUUAUAUAAUUUAUUGUGAGGACCUUCUCAUGGAAACCAUUAAGAAGACAAACUGGAGGCAAAUAUCACAUUAAUCUGUAUUAUUAGAUUCUUAUAUAGACACUGUGCUAUGUGAAUUUUAAAUGACCUGAACAGUCUUCUGAUCUCAGCUAUCUCUGCACUGAUAGCAGUUUAGUCACCUGAUUUGAUUAUGAGGGAGUAACUGAGAAUAUAUUUAUUUAUAAAACAAAUAUUCAUAAUUAUGAGAAAAUAGGAGGAUAGAAAACCACUUAUACAGUUGCCUUUUAAAUAGUUCUAUGGUAUUUACAACCUUAACUUAAGGAAAAUUCUCCUGCUCCAAAUAAAAUUACAAUUUAAGAAA